CUCGUUAACGACAUUGUAACUCGGAAAAAUUCGUUAACCGGCUGCCACUCCUAACUUCUAAGAACAGUGAAAUUCAGGUUAUUCUCCACCUGGUUCCCAAUCAGGAAGUGACGUAGCCGAUGCACGACUUGAUAUUCGCUGCUGUGGAGAUUCGGGCAGAUGAAAUCCUGAAUGCGUCUCUGUCACGCCCCACCAACAUCGGGAAACAUAGGCUAACGUCUGCGAAAACUGGAAAACACAAACACCUGAAAUAUGUUUAACUACAAUUAUGUUACGUCGCAGCAACUUGCUGGUUUCGACAAAUACAAGUACAAUGCAGUGGAUACCAAUCCGCUAUCGGUAUAUGUUAUGCAGCAUCUGUGGAACAGGAUUGUGAAGGUAGUGCCCCUGUGGAUUGCUCCAAAUUUAUUAACAUUUACUGGUUUUUUACUGAUUUUAAAGAACUACCUUCUGCUGUCAUUUUAUGACUGGAAUUACACUGCAUCAGAUCCUGAUUCGCAGCAUGUUCCGGGUUGGGUGUGGAGUGUGUCUGGCUUGACUACAUUCUCAGCAUAUGCUUUGGACUCUAUAGACGGUAAACACGCUCGCCGCACCAUGUCCAGCAGCCCCCUGGGAGAGCUCUUUGACCAUGGCCUGGACAGCUGGGCUAGCUCCCUCUUCAGCCUCUCCCUCUUCUCUGUGUUUGGCGUCAGAGCAGAGAGCGGUGUCUCGGCCUACACGCUGUACUACGUUUUGUGCAUCAUCCUGCUCACCUUCAUCAUCUCUCACUGGGAGAAAUAUAACACUGGAGUUCUCUUCCUCCCCUGGGGAUACGACAUAAGCCAAGUGACGCUAACAGUUGUGUAUCUGGUGACGGCAGUAAUUGGGGUAGAAGCGUGGCACAAGCCUUUUCUCUUCGGAUAUUUCUUUACGGAUAUAUUAAUAGCUAUGGCCAUAGGCUGCAGUGCCGUUCUCUCUGUGCCACAGACACUGUACAACAUCCAUCUGGCUCACAGGAGAGAGGCACUCCUCAGGACCUCACUGUAUGAAGGGCUGCUGCCCCUCUUUUCUCCCGGUCUGCUCUUCACCCUCCUCACCACGUGGGUCCUGACCUCACCCAGCGAGAUACUUGCCCACAAUCCCAGAAUAUUCCUCUGGAUGACUGGAGUGGCUUUCUCCAACGUCACAUGCAGACUCAUCAUUUGCCAAAUGACCAACACAAGGCCUGAGGCGUUCCACUGGCUUCUGCUUCCAUUGGCUGGAAUCAGCGGCGGAGUCGCUACAGGGAUUCUGGUGCAGAGCGAGUUCCUCUGCCUCGUGGCCUACAGUAUCCUAGUCACUGUGGCCCAUGUUCACUACGGGGUCUGUGUGGGGAAACAGCUGAGUAAACACUUGAACAUUUACAUCUUCUCUUUGGGUAAACGGCAUCAGGAAUAAUUUCGCCCACUGACCUAGAGCAGCCACGAGGACUUCAAUCAAACUCUACUGUUACAAACCAGAACAAAUUAAAGCUACCAUACGACAAAGACGAAAGGGAUAUGGGACUGGGCUAAUCUGAAAUGUUGUGUCUGAGGAAGGUGUUGCAACGUCUCAGGUAAGCAAUUGACAAAAGUUACUUUUAAACUUUUAAAGGGGCAUCUGCAAUUAUUACUCCUGAAAAUAAGAACACUGGUAAUAGUACAUUGACAUUGCAAAAUACAAAUAUUGCUAAUCUAAUAUGGAGAAAAAAAUGAAAAAUUAUUCAUUUGGGCUACAGAGAAAACACUUAAUUGACUUUCCUCAUUGAUAGAAUGGCAAUAGUUACAUUUCCAUUAGUGUGAAUUUAUGCAAAUUUAUGAAAGGGGGGUGUUGAUGUCAAGUUUGCAGUCAUGAAAAUGAAAGUUAGUGAAGUGAUAGUUUUUACAUUUUUAUAAAGUUGACUAACUGGACAGUUUGGGAAAAUAUGAAAUGACCUCACAUAUUGUAAUGAAAUGAUAUAUGAAUGAAUGGGUGACUGCAACAUGCGGCUUGAACGAACCAUGUUGUACCAUUUUCCAACAA